UAUAUCUUAAAUGUUACUUACAAGAGAGACUCAUGGCUGCCGAGCUUGACCUUUUAUCUAUAACUCAACUUCAAAAACUAGCUCAACAUCAUCAACAAAAAUCACCACACCACCAGCCAAAACCCGCCGUCAGUUCCUCGCCGGCCUCUUCCGGAAUAUCCUGGAUGUGGAACCCUAAUCAAGUACAAUUAGCCCAUAUUCAUGAGGAUGAUGAUUCCUGGGAAAUUAGAGCAUUUGAACAAGACACAGGCAGCAUCAAUGGUACCACCUGGCCACCUAGGUCUUACACUUGUACUUUCUGUCGACGGGAAUUCCGGUCGGCCCAAGCACUCGGCGGUCACAUGAACGUGCACCGCCGAGACAGGGCUAGACUACACCAAUCACAUCAUCCCGCAGGUAUGAGUAAUAGUGUUAAUUUUCCCAACUCCUCCAAUUUCCCAUCUUCAACAAUCCUAAUUCCAGCUCCUGAAUUUGUCUCCACAAAUGGAGGGCUAUGCCUAAUUUAUUCACUAGCUAACCCUAAUGGUGCUAUAAAUCCAACAACCACCAUGAAUUCAUGCAUGGAUUCACCUUCUUCCAACCCUAAUUUGAUCUCACCUUACCCCCAUCUUUCUUAUACUAAUUUUGCGCCCAAUCCUCAAAGCCUUAAUUCUUUAAUUUGUCAUUCCACAAACACUGAACCCUCAGAAUUGGACAACAACAGCAAUGAUGAUUGUGAAAACACGAAGAAAGACUCCGGCGGCGACGCCAUUGAAGAGCUUGAUCUGGAGCUGAGGCUUGGGCCGCGGUAGCGAGCUAUCCACCGAUUCCAAUCCUCAACAUCAUAAACAGGCAAAAGAAAUUUGUUAAUUUGUGCAACAGAAUUGUAAAAUGCUUGUGAUUUUUGGUUCAAUAUUUUACAUACUUCGUUCAAAUAUUACUUUUUGUUUGUUCUUUUGAGAUACCUUUUCUCUUUGUUUAUUUUUCAACGAAGGGAGCAGAACAUGUACUGGGACUGUAAAUUUCAAACUGAAAGUUUACUCUCUCCAUCCCAAAAUCAUUGUCAUGCUUGUUAUAGUUACAAUAAACAGGACAAUUAUUUUUGGACAGAAGGAGUAAGUUUUUAGGAAAUGGGAAAGAUAUAUAUGAA